CGGGCGGUGCCGUUUUUCUACAUCCGGUGUCUUCGAACCUCUCACCAGCCAGCAGUGAGCGAAGGCGGACUACUGAAGAAUAAUGGGGAGGACUGCCACUCUGCUGCUAACAUGAAAUUUCACCACCAACAAGUAACACCAAGAGCCUUGAGUCAAGACUCGCUCUAACAUAGCGAGUCCAGCAGCAACACACCUUGCAGCGCGUGCCCUUUUCAUCUGGAUAUAUUGCGACCAAGGUUUUUCGUCAGUCUUCCCUCCCCUGACCGAUGUUGAGGCCAGAGUGAGGACAGAAGCGUGUCCAAACCAGCGUUUGUCUCAUGAGUGUGUGUGUGCCAUCUCGGCACUGCCAUUGACUAGGGCUGUGGCCGCGGUGGGCCCGCCCCAAGGGGGCCUUUGUACACAUCACACCAGGCCCUCGUUGAACUGUGCUGCUCACGCCAUGGAUCCACAGAGGGACAAAUAUGGCGAGCGGCCUGCCAGGAGUACGAAAGUUUCCCAGGGAAGUCGCAGUGGACACACGUCCCGGCCAUCGGGCUCCUCAAGCUCCUCUGGGGUUCUCAUGGUGGGCCCAAAUUUUCGUGUUGGCAAAAAGAUUGGCUGUGGAAACUUUGGUGAAUUGAAGCUAGGUAAAAAUCUCUACACCAAUGAAUAUGUAGCUAUUAAACUGGAACCCGUAAAGUCAAGGGCACCGCAGUUGCAUUUAGAGUACCGGUUCUACAAAACGCUGGGAACUACAGCCGAAGGUGUGCCGCAAGUAUUUUACUUUGGACCCUGUGGGAAAUACAAUGCCAUGGUUCUGGAGCUCUUGGGCCCAAGUCUGGAGGACUUAUUUGACCUAUGUGACAGGACCUUUUCAUUGAAGACUGUCCUAAUGAUCGCAAUUCAGUUGAUAUCUCGAAUGGAGUAUGUGCAUUCUAAAAACCUCAUCUAUAGAGAUGUAAAACCUGAAAAUUUUCUCAUUGGACGGCAAGGGAAUAAAAAGGAGCACAUUAUCCACAUUAUUGACUUCGGCUUGGCCAAAGAAUACAUCGACCCCGAGACCAAAAAACACAUUCCAUACCGGGAGCAUAAGAGCUUGACUGGCACUGCCCGCUACAUGUCCAUCAACACGCAUUUAGGCAAAGAGCAAAGCCGAAGAGAUGACCUGGAAGCCUUAGGUCACAUGUUCAUGUAUUUCCUUCGUGGGAGUUUGCCGUGGCAAGGGCUCAAGGCUGACACACUGAAAGAGCGAUACCAAAAGAUUGGAGACACUAAACGAAACACUCCCAUCGAGGUCCUGUGUGAGAACUUUCCAGAGGAGAUGGCCACCUACCUGCGAUAUGUAAGACGGCUAGACUUCUUUGAAAAGCCAGACUAUGAAUAUUUGAGGACUUUAUUCACUGAAUUGUUUGAGCGCAAAGGAUACACCUUCGACUACACGUACGACUGGGUUGGCAGGCAGAUUCCCACACCAGUGGGAUCUGUCCAUAUAGACUCUGGGGCAUCUGCAGUCACGAGAGAGAGCCAUCCCCACAGAGACCGGACCUCCGCACACCCACCAAUAAGAAAUCAGACAGCAGUCUCUGAUCGACGAGGAGCAUGGGAGGUGCAGCCCUCUCGCCAAGCAAACUCCUCCUACCUGACCUCUCACCUAGCAGCGGACAGGCACGGGGGCUCAGUGCAGGUGGUCAGCUCAACCAACGGGGAGCUGAAUGCCGACGAUCCGCUGGCAGCUCAUUCCAAUGCGCCGAUCACCGCCCAGGCAGAGGUGGAAGUGGUCGACGAGGCCAACUGCGUGAAAAUGCUCAACCUGUGGUGCUGCUGCUUCUUCAAGCGAAAACGGAAGAAGAACACACCGCGACACAAAUGAUGGUCAACGGGCAGUUCAGUUGAUUGUGCUGUCAGAAAUCAGUGAGGUUCCAUUCAAGCGCAGGGAAAGGAGAGCCCACCAUGGCGCCGUUUUCUGAAAGGACCAGCGAAAUGUUUUUGGCACACUUUGCUCAUUUGCUGGGAAUCUUUUUUUUUUUUCCCCACCUCCUCAUCCAGGAUUUGCGGGAUAACAUUGUGUUGAAACUUUUGCAAAGCGUAAUUUUGCUCCAGGUGCAUUUUUCUCCUUUCUGCAUCUUGUUUUUUUUUUCUUCCUCCUCCUGUCAUUUAUGAUUGAUCGUUUGACUCGCUGAAUCAUAUUUCAUUUCCCCGUCGCUAACUCUUUUUGAUGAAAAAUCCCAUUGUGGGUAUUCCUGACGUGGGACUGAAUGUAAAGCAUGACACAUGAGGAGCCAAGAGCAUAAACCGCUUGCAUUAGCUCCUGCACUUUCUGCCUCCAAAUAGGUGAGCCGUGGGACCGGAGAGCACAGGACACCAUACACGCGCGCACACACACGCACACACCCCUCCUGCACUGUGCUCUCAGAGGAGGAUCUCUGCUCCGGCUCCGAGGUCAAGUGCCCCUCUCGACACACUACAACCCUCCAGACUCUUGCCCUGUUUUGUGAACACUCGGAGUUGGGCUGAAAAGAAGAAACUAUUUAUGAUAUUUAUCUCUUGGUUGCCACCAGUUUUCUUACUAAUUCUCCCAACAUACACGCUGAAUGUAUGAACCGAAAAGUAAGUGAAUUCGGAGCAUUUAUGUAGUUCGUCCUGUGCAUGGGAAGGAAAGAGCGCAACGUUUCAAGGCGAGACCAAAACUAAGGUGGAGAGGCCGUGUGAUGUUCUUGAGAUGGGAUGUGAUGGACUCUGCACCAGUAGUUGCUUUAGAGCUCCUCAACACUACUGUUCUCUGCCUUAACCCCAAACAACCACCUCACUUGACUGGUGUAAAAAAAAAAAAAUAAAUAGCAUCCUGAUCUGAUCGUUGUUAUAUUUGCAGCAGUUUGAGGGGUUAAGUGAUUUAUAAAAAAAAAAAAAAAAAAGCCCAUAGUUGUGGACUGUGAAUGACUGAUGGAUUCCAGCCUGACAUCCCCCAGCCCCCAGACACUGCAAAGCAAUGCUCGAUGAUCCCGACUGUUGUCAACCUGGAGAGAGAUUGUAUCCGCACCAUUUGUGUUUUGACGUCACGUCGCGGAGGGCUGCCUUGAAACAAAUAUCCUCAGUACGUCACCUUGCCUUUCCUCCUAACGCAGCUUUUAUUUUUAAUUUUUUUUUUUAGUUCAUGUCUUGCUAAUGUGAACAUAUUUUUUUCCAAUGCAAUUGUCUGUUCAAUCCAAAUAGCCAUGGCUUUAUGAGUAAGGUAAAGGUAGCAACAUGUGAAAAAAAAAAAAAAAAAAAAGCUUGAGAUCAUGACUGCACUACUUACAUUUGUUUGUUCCUCCUUUGCUCAUUCUCCAAUCAUGUCAUGUUAGGCAUUCAACGUGUGCCAGGCGGGGAACACGCGUUUGUCACCCCUCAUUUUUUGUGUGUGUGUGUACGCCAUGUCCCGCCCCCAUCCCCCUCCCCCACUGCAUGUACACAAGAAUCCACUCUCACUGGAGGCCUGGGUGCGGUGUUAAGUGGACCUGCAUUUGCGUAUUAUUUGAAGACAAAGGUUGCAGAUGUCCCCCAUCUCACCGAAUCCAUAUGCUUGUGGCGUGUAUUUACACUGUAUAGCUGUUGGUUUGUUCUUAGGCCUCGCCACUCACGUAAGGCCCAAGUUGUGUUAUUGAAAGUACUUGAAUAUGAGCAUCUGCAGGACCUUUUCUGAUAGUUGAAGUCAUCGUUGUCAUAGUGACUGAGGGGAAUCGGUGGGCGAUGGAGCUGUUUGAAUGACGGGUAUGGCUUCCCUUUGGGACGUGAUGGUGCCCGUUGACUGCUGGGGAGGCGGUGAUGUCGGUCAGACUGGGAGCAGGUCAACAUGAAAUGUUCAGCUGGAAGCCUUUUUGACCUCUGACUCCAAUAGUGGCGGCAGGCGGGCAGGGCCUUGUCCUUUUGGCUCCCUGAGAAAAGGUGAACCUGUUCCUGAUAUUGAGGUGCUGAAGCCAAACUAAAUAGCCUUUCAUGUUUUGUUUCGUGUUUCCCCUGGAUUCGCCUUGUGCCAUUCCUGAGACUACUAUGACUGCCUUUGAUCUGUGCCAGGAGAGUGGAAUGAUUUUGUUCAUUUUUUGUUUUCCCACCUGGUUCCAUCUUGUGUCCUUGGUAUUAAAAUGUGUCCACCGCCAUUAAAAAAAAAAAAAAAUCACAGUGCAUGGUGGCUGAAUUCAGUUACCGGGAAGUGUUGGAAGAGAGUGAGGAAAAGUGUAGUCACAGCUCCAGGAGUGAGAUUUCUUUGCUCCUGCCUCUUCCUUUCAGGGUGUCGCAGCACUUGACAGCCUUUUAUUUCCUUUGCAUUUGUGGGCCUCCUGCAGUGCGACGGUAUGAUUAGUAUGUGCAUGGCUUAUCUCGGGAAGACAGCGCUCCGUCUCCCGUGGACCACGUCUAUUGUCGGCUCUGUGAGACGUUAUGGCUUCCGGUUCAUGAACAUGAAAAAAAGACAUUCCAUUUUCUUUCCAGCAAAUUUUAGAGCUCAUCCGGUUUUGUUGCGUCAAGCUUGUGGUUGUGUGUGACAUCCAGAGCUUUGGAGUCAAAGACGCAUAAAACAAAGCUAAGGACAGUUCAAGUGGUUAUGGAAGGCUUCAUACCUUUUGGGUUCUCUGGCACUUUUCCUCAUUGCUGUACUGUAGAAUUGUCUUGGACUUACUGUAUUUUUUUUCUCUGAAGAAGAGGGUGACCUUUACUGCAAUGUUGUGACGCUUAUUUGAGAAUUGUAAAUUGUACAGACUUUGCAAUGGUAGUCUUGGUUCUUUCUAUUGGGAUUCCAUAUAAAAACUGUUUGAUUAUUUACCCCACCCCCCGCCUUCCAAACUGUGGAAAAUGUAGUUGUACAGCUCCAAGAGUUUAUUUUCCCCUCGACACAAUUUUCCCACCAGAUCUAUGAUUACGAGAAAUCUUAAAACUGUAAAUAAGUAUUAUUGUGUUGAAAUAUGAAUGUCACUUCAAAAAUGUACUUUGAGUUGGUCAAGGGCUUCAACAGUGAAGGACCCAAGUUUCCUAUUUUUAGUCGUUCUGAUUUUUAAUUUGAUGAAAACGUUUCCAAACUGCCCUCCCCACGCCUUUUUUUUAAUAUGAAUUGCUUGUUCUUCCCCUCCUUGGAUUCAUGUUCGAUUUGUUUCACAUGAAAAAUCACUUUUUAUUCCCUCCACGCCUAAAGGGAAAUCCAGUUUGCACCCUUUUUUAUGUCAAAUAAAAGAUUUCGCCACCUUUUGCUUUUA